GCAGUCGAGAAUCACGGUGGAGUGGCACUCGAGCGAUGCGCUCAUCGCCGCCGAGGUGAAGCCAAGUUGGCCGGCUGAACCGCGGCCCUUGACUUUUUGUCGCGGCAAAGACUCUCGCCCUUGACACUGCAUCACUGUAUCACUGUAUCACUGCACGAGUGCACCACUUCAUCACUGCACCACUGCACUACUUCCCCACUGCACGACUGCACUACUUCCCCGCUGCACCACUCCCCCACAGCAGUCGCGCAAAAAUGGACCCGCAAAUCGACCUCCCCGACCUAGUCGAAGACCUGCAAGUCAACAUUGACGAGCUGCGCAGCACCCUAUCGCCACUUCUCCCCCCACACACACUCGCCAAAACCAGCGGCUCCCUGCCCGUGCUAGAGAAAGCAAAGCUAUACGUCCUCUUCGCGUACGCGAUCGAGUCGCUCCUCUUCAGCACCCUGCAGGCCUCCGGGAUCGACGCAAAAGCACACGCGAUAUUCCCCGAGCUCGCGCGACUCAAGACGUACUUUGGCAAGAUCAAGGCCGCGGAGGAUUUCCUCGCGGACCGCGCCCAGAAAGAUGCACGGGCGCGUCUGGACGUCGGCGCUGCGCAGCGCUUUAUACGACACGGACUGGGCGGGAAUGAGCGGUACGACGAGAUGCGGCGCGCGCGGAUGGCGGGGGAGAAGGAGCGCGCGCUGCUAAAGGCGAGGGAGCUGGUGAAUAGGACGUUUAGCGAUGGCGAGGGGGAUGCGACGAAGAAGCGCGGUGUGGAGGGGGGGGAGGGGGACAGGACGAACAGCAAGAAGCUCAAGGGCGAGACUGCAGGGGGUGAGGUUGCAGUGGGUGAGGUUGCAGUGGGCGAGACUGCAGAGGGCGAGACUGCAGAGGAUGAGACUGCAGAGGGCGAGGCCGAGCGGGAAGAGCGCGACGACGACGACGACGAGGCCGACGCCGACACACCGCCCCCGGCGCCGAAGCGCGGGAGGAAGGGCGGGAAACCCGCAGUCGACCUCCCGACCUCCGACGCCGCAGCCACCAAGAAGAAGCGCGGCCGGCCGUCCAAGAGCGCAAAACCCGCCGCCGACACAGCCAGCCCCACCGCCCCGCCCCAGCAAGACACACCGGCGCGCGCGACGCGCUCCUCGGCGACGCGGGCGAAAGCGCCAGCCAAAGGAAGGGGGAAGAAGUGAAGCACGCAUCAACACCGCUCGCACACAUCGACACUGCUCGCACGCAUCAACACUGCUCGCACGCAUCAACACCGCUCGCACGCAUCAACACUGCUCGCACGCGGAUGAAGACGAUGACGAAAAAGGAUAGCCAUACUUUGUAGAUAGCUCUAAAUGAUACCCAACCCAGUGUGCCAUGUGCGAAAGGCAAUGGUGC